AUGGGAACUGCUGCGGGUGUGUAUGUUAAGUUAACAACACCCCGAAAUCGGUCUGCAAAACGCAGUGCGAUGUGCAGAAUCGGAUCGCAUAGGUGUGAAUACCCAUGCGAUCCGAUUCUAGUGCGGACCCAAAAAAGGGUCAUGCACCUUUUUGAUACGGUGCGAUUGGAGCCAUACAAAAUGUAUGACUCCAAUCGCACCGCACACAAAUCGCAUUUGAUUUGCAGAGGAACGCGGUGCGGUUCCUAUCCGAAUCACAUGCGAUAUACCGCACUGCAUUAGUCUGAAGACUCUUGAGAAGUGUACUGAG